GGUAGUUGUAAACAUCAUGGCGGUGCAAACAAAAAUAUGACAGCGGGAAAUGUAAUUUAUUUUGAUUGAUGCACUUGAAAAGUUUCGGGAAUACCAAAACGGAGUUCACUAAGCAUGGAAUCUGAGAAGGGCCACUCCCAAGAAACUCGCCAAGGGGAGACAUUGCCAACAACACCCACUAAAGGUGAUGACAAUUACUUCGGUGGCGAUGGGCAGAACUGGAAAAUGUUUACAACUCCUAUGCAGGAGGAGAAAUACCGCAUAGAGAAUAAUCAGUUACGGUCCCAAAUCAAACAGCUUCAACUGGACGUCCAUGCUGAACAGGAAACAGUCGGACAGGUGAGACGCCGUUUAAAUGCAGUAGAAAAGGAACGUUUACAGGCGGCAAGCAAGAACAAUGUUGAGAUUGCUGACUUGGAAAGCCAACUGGCUAAGUACCGCGCCCAAGUUGAGAAGGGUGAAGCCAUGAGGCAAAACUUGGAAUAUGAAUUGACAAAGAUGCGUCGUGAGGUCACUCAACAAAAGCAUUCAACUCUUGAAAAGGAAGCUACUAAUAAAGAUGUUAGAGGGCAGUUUGAAAGGAAGAUCGCUCACCUGGAAGAGACACUGAAAAAGACGGAAGAUGAGAGGAACAGACUUCGGGAUGAGGUUGAGUCUGUAGAGAACAAACUACAGCGUCAGAAGGAGGAGAAUGACCAUGAAAUGGCCAAGAGUGGAACAGAACAGGAAAUACUUCGGGCAGAAAGGGACAAGUUGGACGCGAUUGUCUUACAACAAGAGGGUGGCCUGUCUGAUAUGCAAGAAAAAACUCAAGAACUGGAAAACGAACAAAGAAAUCAGUUGGAGAAUUUACGGAGAACUCUAACAGAAAUGGAAUAUGCAAAGGAAAGAGAGGACCGCCUUAAAAAAGAUCUAGAGACUGCACUCCAGCGACUUCGAACAAUCGAGGAGAGCAUUGAAGCCGAGAGAGCUGCACAUCUGGAAUCCAAGUUCAACUCUGAGAUUGUACAGUUGAGGGUACGAGAUUUGGAGGGAGCCAUGGAAGUAGAGAAGUCGGCUAACAAUGAAGCUAACAAAGCCAUCGACCGACUCAGUAAACAGAUCAGAGAACUUGAGCACAGCUACGAAGAAGAGCGCAAGAACGGCAAGGAUUUGGCCAACAAACUGGACAAGGUGGAGCGUGAGUAUAGCUCGGUCAAGAAACAGCUGACUGCUCAAGUUGAAGGCAAGAAAACAGUGAUUGGGGAUCUCUCCAAGGAGCUGGAACAUCAUCAGAAGAAUUUCUCUGAGCUCAAGGACGAGUUGACAAAGGCGAAGAAACGACAGAUUUACCUGGAGGAGACGUAUGGAGGAAACAUGAGAGAACUCGAACUGCUCCUCCAUAACUUCUCAGUGGAGCCCACAAAAGGCAAAUCAAAAAAAGAUUCCUCUAAACAACCUAACCCUUCUGCGGUCCUGGAAUCCUUGAGGCAAACCUUGUCCGAGUACAAAAAGAGACUGGAUACAACAUCUGGGGAGCUUGGUCGGAUGAAGAAGAUGACGGACAGUCUGACCAGGGAGGUUGACCAACUCAAGGAAAUGAUUUGGGCCAAGGACAAGUCAUUAGAGGAUGCACAAAAAAACUACACACGGACAGCCAAAGAGUUGAACCGGGUGAGAUCCGAGUACGGAGCACUGGAGAGUCACAUGGCCAGACUCAAGAUGGAUUUACAGAGUAGCAGUUCAAACCAAACUAAGGACAGGAAACGUGUCCACGAACUGUCAGAGGAGAUCAUGAAGCUAGUAAAACGACAUAAAGCUGAAGAUGAGGAAAAACUGGCAUUUCUGCACGGCAUGCAUCAUCGUUUGUUAGCUGGGCGGAUCCCCAUGAAGGAGCCGAACUUUACACAGUUUUCCUGGGCUGACCUUACCAGUCUGGUGUACGAACAGGUGUCCAGCCUGGUAACUGUUGUCCAGAGGUCUGACGAAAAGACAACACAUUUAGAGGAAGCUUUGAAAUCUAAGGAAGAGCUGGUCGAAGACAUGCAGCGUUGUCAUGAAGACCAGCUCAAUAAACUAACGUCCCUAACAAAGGAACGGGAACAGUCCUGGCAUAAACAGAAGGAGGAGAUCGAGGCUCACUACGCACAACUGUUAACCGAAUUACAGUCUCGCUCAAAGAAAAGUCAAGCGAUGGCGGACCAGGCUUGGGACAAGAUCCGUAUGACAGGAACAGUUAAGCAGGGACUGGAGACGGAAUGUUCCGACCUUCGUGCUCAGGUUUCAGAGACACAGACACAGAAUGCGUCACUUUUAGCGGCAUGUGGUCUGCUUGCAGGAGCAUUGUUCCCGAUGUGUUCUCGAGCUACGCGACUCGCUGCCCAGCGCCAUCUACUGGAAGAACAGUUAUGUAUGUGGGACAUGUGUCGUGAACGAAUUGAACUGCUUGUCGACACUUUAGCAUCGGAAAUGCAGGAUGAAAAAGACACAAAGAGUAAAACUCCAAUUCAAAGAAAAAGACAUCCGUUACUUGUGUUCCGUACAGCAGCUAUCGCUGUCCUUGCAGCUAACCGAUUACGUUAUCUCGGACGUUCGUGUACUAAAAUGUUUGUUACUUACGAUACUUCUGUGUUCUAUCAUACGGGCAUAGCAGUGUGUGCCGGAGGAGGACGGCCCGCGGUCACAUCCUUCAGAGAUGGCGUAAAUGAUGACCUGGAUAUAGAUGACCACCAUUCUCGUCAGGACAUUGUCCGGUGGAUGUCCAGUCCUGAUCUACUCCACUCUGUGGUGUCGUCAAUGUCAGAACUGCUCGAGGUCGUAGGUCAUGUCAAGAACAAGGAUGGAGCCACUGAAUCCAGAGCACUAAUAAAUGCAGCAAGGAAUACAUUUACAAAACUGGUUGAUAAGCUGGGCCGACAUUUUGAAGGUGUCACUGGAAGUCCUAACACUGCAUACCGUGAACGCAAUUCUUUGAUGCGAAUGGUUGGUAGAGGCCUUUCUAAAGCAUGUGCUGGAAAAUCCUUGGAACAGAGGCAGCACAUAGCACCACUACAGGACAUCCUGGGAGCUUUACAGAACCACAUUUUAAACUUCACACAACGCCUUCAUGCUGUGGAGAUAGAGCGGCGCGGAUUGCUCCUGGAGGUGGAAAGGCUUAAGGUGGAAAUCACUGAGGCUAAUCGCGAUGAAGUACUUAAAAACCAGAUGUCAGAGGACCCCCAGUUUGUGGCUAUGGACAAGUUUGAGAGCGUCUGUCUGGAACUUAACAAUGCCUUGCGGCGAGAACAGCAGGCCCAGCAGUUGUUACUGGAGCAGGGGAGACAACUGGAGGAGCUUACCCUUCGUCUGGAUCUCUAUACCACUGAGGGGAUGGAAAAGGAACAGAUCCUUACCAGUGCUGUACAGGGACUUGCUGAACACAAGUCUGAGAUGAAGAAGAAGGAACAAACCCUUCGACAGCUCAAUAGACAAGUUAUCACUCUGGAGGGGGAGAAGAAAUCCCUCAACAUGAAUGUAACUGAUGCUGAGAGAGCACUGAGGACCGUGGCAAGAGACAAAGAAAUUUUAACAAUGUACAUACGCUCUGUCGAGUCUGCCCUAGAUAAGGCUAAACAGGAGUUAUCACUCUCCAAAGGAUUCCAGGGACGGGACGUCUCUCUCUCCAAAAUGUUACUAAGUGCUGACUUUAUACCCACUGAUGUAGGCAAGGCAGGUCCAGAGCUGAUCGCUUGUCAGAAUCUAGUUGGUGCGUUUGUCGAUGCACAGCAGCAAGCAUAUGCUAAAAUAAAGGCUCUUGAAGAGGAUGUGGAUUCCCACAAACGUCAUGUGACCACACUCAAACAAGAACUUAGUGACGCUGUCCGAAGAGAGUAUGAUGAUGAGGGCGAGAUUCCCACAAGAGAUGGCGGGAAACUGGGACAGAGCAUUAGCAUGGCGGAUACUACACAAGGAGACACCUUCAUGCCAAUCAAGGAGGAUUCUGAAAUCUCUUUCUCUUUCGCAAAGCCCUCUACCCCCAAAUCAACACCGAAAGGAAAAUCAAGGUUGAUCUCCGAGGCCCCUAGUAAGGGAGAUCGAUCUCCCAAGUACCAGACGCCAUCUCGCAGUUCACGGACACACAACAUGCGUCCCAAAGCUUUUGAGCCGCAUGGGAGGUGACAUCGGUACUCUAUGUUUUCGUAAACUUCCGGUUCUCAGGAACAAAGGGAUAUCCAAUAUGUAGACUUAAAAUAGUACAUAGCCAUAUGUAUCAUUACAAAAAAUAAUGUUUGUAUUCAGGAAAACAUGGAUAUAUCCUAUAUGUAGGCACAAAAUAGUACAUAGCCAUAUAUCCCAUUAUAUACAAUCAAUAUCAAACAUGUUAAUCCACGAAAAUCAAAUAUUCAGUGAAUUGUUUUCUACAAAAUACAUCAAAAUGUGAAUAUUUAGGAUGUAGUAUAUAUGUAAGAUCUGUACAGUAGUAAAAUUCAUUUGAAUUUUGAAAAAAAAAAUUUAAUUUGUUCGAUAUGACAACGUCUAGCAUCAAUUAGGAUUUUUUUUUUUUAAUUUUGAAUAUUUUAAAAUUAUUUUACAUUUUUAAACAAAAAAUAAGAAUAAGUUUUUUUAGAAGAGAUUGAUUUAGUAAUUUUAGUAUUUAAAUCUCACUUGUAAAGUAUCAAGUACAAAUUUAUAUGGGUUCUGAAUGAAUGAUCAAACAAGUAUAUUUAAUUAUUUAUAUAGACUUCAGUAAGUACAUUUGUAUACUAGGUGUUCUCAAUGAGGCUCUGUUAGUCACCAAUUAUUUAUGUGUAAUAACACUCUGUAUUAAAUUUUGUGAGAAUUUGCAAAACUGAACAAGGACUUCUUAAAUACAUUUUAUUUCCUGUUCAAAAGUACAGUAAUGUUGCAGCCUGUUGUUGAAAUAGACUUUGUUCAAAAGUAAGGAUUGACAAUAAUAUUUAGUGAUCUGUAGUUAUCAAAACUCAGAGAUUAUACAAUACAGUCAAACCUGCCUUAUAUGCUACCUCUCACAAAAACAUGUGUGUAGGUCAUCUGCCUAAUGUCCAUUCUUUCUGCAGUGUUAGGUGGCUUUUAUAGACAGGUCCAACGGUAUUUACAAUAUCAGAACCAAUCUCGGAUGUCUCCUUUAAAAGCUAUUCACGUGGAAAUGUCUGUAUACAAUGAUAGACAGCUAUUGAUGUUUAACUCAUACUGUAUGCAACAAUUAAGUUAAUGGAAAUGUCUAUUUCACAUCAUAGAAAGGUCUAUUUCACAUCAUGGAAAGGUCUAUUUCACAUCAUGGAAAUGUCUAUUUCACAUCAUGAAAAGGUCUAUUUCACAUCAUGGAAACGUCUAUUUCACAUCAUGGAAACGUCUAUUUCACAUCGUACUUUUACUGAAGUUGUAGGUGUCUGUUCCUGUUAAUUGGUGACGUCACCUCUGAUAUCGUUCCAUCAAUGCUUCUCUGUGAUAUAUUACAUUCAUAAUUUGUUUAAUGCUUUGUUCAGCGAAAAAAGUUUGUUAUUUCUAACAAAAUCUCCAGGGGAACUUCAUUUCUUCUUUACAACAGCAAAUUUUAAUGAGAAAAAAGUUUGACAUAUUUUUAAUUUUUGUCAAAAAUUCAUUUUUUAACUGAUUAAAGUUUUCUAGACUAAGUGCAAUUUAAAUAAAAAGACGUCUUGCAUUCAGACAUCUUAUAUUUGAUAUGUAAGGUUUUUUAUUGAGGAAGGCACAAUGUCUUUCAUUAUAAGUACAAGUCUCAGAGCAAAGACAAUAUUGUUUUAAUUAUUUGCCUUUUUUCUAAUUUGCAGGAUUCCACUUUCAUGAUGUGGUAUGUCAUAUUUUUUUUCUCGCAUUUAUCUUGCCCUUGCAAAACUAGCUUAUUAUGGUUCAGAAAUUUGAUUUUUAAUUUUGUUUUGAUGUAAAGAUAACUUGUUCGGACUGAUAUGAUCAUGGACUUGUGAUUUUGGAGUUACUUUUUGUUGGCAGAAUAGUUUACAUUGUACACCAUGUAAGGACAAUGGAAAUUUCUAAAUCUUAAGUGGAUGUCAGUAUUUUUCUUUUUCCAAACCCAAAUAUCACAAAAUUGUUGUUCCGUGUCCAAGUUUCAAACAUCACAAAUGUUCCAUGUCCAUAUAUCAAAUACAUUGUAUCACAAAUUUUCCAUGUCCCAAUCCAAAAUACAUUGUAUCUCAAUCGUUCCUUUUCCAAACCAAAAUAUCAUCAAAUUAAUGUUCUGUGUCCAAAUCUCAAAUACAAGUAUCACAAAUGCUCCUUGUCCAAACCCAAAUAUCACAAACAUUUCAUGUCCAAACCCAAAUAUCACAAACAUUCUAUGUCCACACCCAAAUAUUGUAAAUAUUCCACAUCCAAAUCUAUAUAUCACAAACAUUCCUUAUACAAACCCAAAUAUCAUGAUUAUAAUCCUCUUCUAGCUUAGGUCUCGAGCUUCUGCUGCGAUGUUUUGUUAUACAUUUCUGAGAUAAACUCGUCUUGAGACCUUGAAGGGAAAAUGUGCUAUAAUCUUGAACACAUAUAUUUAUUUUGCAGCUGUUUUUAUUUAUUUUCCAUGAUUUUAUCAAUGUAUAAUGUUUGCAGCUAUUUAUGUUGUAUCCGUCCAAAUACUUUUAUUUCUUGAAUGCAUUAUGAAAAUCUUAAUUUAUUUUUCCUUAAAUGUCUUCUUAACACAAUUGGAAAUGAGUGAAAGCAUAUGACAGUUUGUACAUACAAAGAACAUUGUUUAAAAUAUGUUAAACUAAAAAAACUAAGUUGAUUUCAUAUUUCAUGAAUGUUAUGUUUUUUGUUAGAGGUUAAGGUUCAAAGGUGGUAGGGGGAAACAGGCCAAGGCCAGUGGUUAAGGUCAAGGUCAUCAACAGUGUUGAAACAGAAAGCAGGUUAAGGUCAGUAGUUUGGUCAAUAAAAAUUGUGUGGACUGUUAAUGAACGACCAUUUUCAAAUUACUUUUUGUUUUUUUUAUUUGAUGAUUGAGUAAAUUUAUAGUGUUUCGCUAUGUCACACUACUCAUGUUGUUGUUGUUUAUUUUUAGACCUGUCAGUUGUACUUUGUUGGUAGAAUUUUUUUAUGACUUUGGUUUAAUAAAUAUAAACUGUUGUAAGAUAUACUUGUUAAACUGAUUGAUAUGAAAUCUGUAAAAUGUACUAGAACGCUCUAUAAUACUAACACUAAGAGGAUUUCUGUGAUGUUUGUAUUAAAAUGUAGCACUGUCAUGUACUUUGUCAUAACAGGAAUAAUUUAACAUGAAGUCUAACAUAUUUCUUAUAACCUUACAGCAUUCUUAAAAUAUUUCUUCUUUUCAUAAAUAUCCUAUGAUGCUGUGAAGAUAUUUUUUUGUGGGUGGUCUGAGGUAAAACUACUAAGUCCUUGUAGAGGAAUUUAACAUGAUUAAAUCUAAAAUACUUACUAUGAUAUACAUUUAAACCCUGGAUGUCAUCAAUUAAAAAAUGGCACUUCCUGUCAGGCAAUUUUUCCCAGAAUGCAUUGUGGUCCCUCCACACCUCUAGGACUAUAAGCUUGUGAACCCAGAGGAUAAAUUACACUACAAAUGUUCUAAAAGUUUGCCAGCGAUCCAACUGUAAUGUAGAAAACUAUCUUUACUUGUACCCUGUCUUCAUAAGGUUGAUCUGCAAUGAAUUUGUUUGUUGAUAACUUUUUUCUAAAAUAAACUUGAUACUUCUCUCAUUUUUACAGAUUCUAGGAGUCCAUGUUAAAUCACAUGAACGUUACAACAAUAUUCUGUUGUAUGUUAAGUAAUCACUACAAAUAAAUAUGUUUUUACUAUGAUCUGUGCGAGCUUGGGAUGUUGAUUUGGGGUAACGGGAAGUCGACAAAUGGAGGUGAAAUCUGAUCGUUUUCUUACAGAUAUUUUCUUAUUGUCAUAUUUUGUUCAGGAUUUUUAUAACAUAAAUAACGGUUUUAGAAAUUAUGUGACAAUUUAUCAGGAAUUCUUGGAAUGUGAAGACAUGUUGAUGUAUGCUUGUCAGAUUGGUGAAUCAGAACGGUAGAUAUUUUGUUAUUUAUAGCGGGAAACAUGAGUAGAUAUGAGAAAGAUUUGAUGAUAGUGAGAUAUGUGUUUGGAUGGGUAGCUUUAGGAUGUUACCAAAUCUAAGCUGUACAAUUGUAGAGUAUUUUCCUGUAUCUGUGUAUCUCUCUCUGUAUAAAGUGCCUGGAGUUAUACAGCAACUCUGUGAUGCUACAACAUUGAUGUCACGUCACAAUGUUGAUGGUAUAGCAGUCUUUACUCUGUGAUGCUACAACAUUGAUGUCACGUCACAAUGUUGAUGGUAUAGCAGUCUUUUGUUUACCAUUUCAAGUAAUAUAUUGAGAAAUGGGAGAAAAAUAAUCUCUUUCCUUUGUGGACAUGAAGGAUAGGUAUAUAGUGGUCACAAAAAUGUGGUCAGCCACUAGGGGGAGCCAGUGUAACUAUGUGUGGUCAAGUUGUCCUCGGAGCCUGGGUCACAAAGUGUGGUCAAGUCGUCGGUGGAGUCUUGGUCACAAAGUGUGGUCAAGUUGUCCGCGGAGCCUGGGUCACAAAGUGUGGUCAAGUCGUCGGUGGAGUCUUGGUCACAAAGUGUGGUCAAGUUGUCCGCGGAGCCUGGGUCACAAAGUGUGGUCAAGUCGUCGGUGGAGUCUUGGUCACAAAGUGUGGUCAAGCCCUUGACAGAGUCUUGGUCACAAAGUGUGGUCAAGCCAUCUGCGGAGCCUUGGUCACAAAGUUUGAUCAAGUUGUCGGCGGAGCCUUGGUCACAAAGUGUGGUCAAGUUGUCCAUGGAGUCUUGGUCACAAAGUGUGGUCAAGUCGUCGGCGAAGCCUCGGUCACGAAGUGUGUUCAAGCCCUUGACGGAGUCUUGGUCACAAAGUGUGGUCAAGUCGUUGUCAGAGCCAACCAUGACCGGGUUUUAUUUGUGAUCCCCACAGGGGUGGUGUGUCUUUAUGCUUGGUACCUGGAUAUGAACGAGACUGUAACUAGUAUAACACUGUCAUACAUAUAACCUAUGUAAUCUGUUAUUAAAUAUAUAUUAAACUUA